UGAUGUGUGCAGCAGUGAUGGUGGAGAUGGAGCGCAUAUAUUUGGAGAGGGAGGGAUAAGGCUUUGAGCACCUUGUGAGACUCACCAGACGUUCUCUAAACAAAGCAGCGCCAGUCACCAUGGAAGGAGCCAUCAGCACCAUCGUCAGCCAGUUCAAGGAGCACGCUGGGAAUGACGGGUCCUCCAGCACGCUGAGCAAAAGUGAGUUCCACAGCCUGGUGACCGCUCAGCUGCCGAACUACGUCAAGAAUGCCAGCGAUCCCGGAGCAAUCGACCAGCUCAUGAGCUCCAUAGACGAGAAUAACGACGGGGAACUGACUUUCUCCGAGUUCUGGCAGCUGAUUGGCAGACUGGCGAGCAAACAGGGAGGCUUCGGUCAGUAGCGCUCCGCCACCAGGCCUGACCGUGCAACGCGUCCCAUCAUCUGUGGGGCCGUUUGAAUUCUUUUAUUGCUCGGCCGGCGUGAUGUGUAACUCCUGAGUUAACUAUUUGCUGAAUGUGGGGAAUUGUGAAUUAAAAGGCUUCAUUGUCUUGAAUCUACAACUGCCAA